AUGGUGCGCACAAAAGUAUCUCGAAACACGGCAUCAAAGCGAAACCGUACCAGCUAUCAAGAGGAGCGCUACGUUAACAUUAUGCGUGAGUUUGAGAUUGUAUCUGAAACAUUUAAUACGUCGAUCGACGCAAAGCUGGACGCUCAAUUGGAAAAGAUUGACUAUCAGGCGAGCAUGAUGAAGAGUCGCAUACCGAAGGAAAUUCUCCAAAUGACGAUGGGUGAUUUGCGAAAGACCGACUGUAACCUAUUCGUCGAUGUGCUAAACAUGGGUUCCGCGAUCGAGGACAUCAUGGGCGCAGGAAACUGCAGUCAGCUCUCGAUCGGAUCGGGAGAUGGGCAAACAAGCCUGCAAAAGUCAUACAGAACCGAUGAAGGUUAUCUUACGGAGGAAAAUGCAAAACAAUCAUUUGACGUGAUGGCAUCGGUCAAACCAUCGAAACGUCCGAUCGGACCGCUAGCGUCGGCAAUGAAGAAAAACCGCCGCCGCAGUAAAUCCGUCUCUGGCCAUACCACCACACCUUGCAAGCCGGCUUCGGCGUCGUUGUUGUUUGGGAUGAAAGCAAAGAAACCCGAAGCGUGUACGCCGGGUAAGAGCCUAUUCCUGGGACAGUCAGAACGAUUUUCGCGUCCCAAGUUUCGUACACCGAUGGCAGAGGUCAACAAGAAGGGUCGUACACAGGCGGUCAGUACGGAUCGGGGCAUGAGCCAAAUCACGCUGAAGGUAGAACCAAACACACCGCUAGCCUUCAUACGCUAUCCGAGAGUGGGCGAGAAUGUUUACUCACUUACCGGCAGUCCGGUCGUGAAUGCGGUCAUGACGAAACACAUGGCGAAUGUGAACAUUCCGGUAUCUAACGGGGUGCUGUCGUUGCAGCCGACCGAUCUGGAGGAUGUAGAUACGAAGUUUUUACCCAAAAUCGAUUACGCUACGUUGGAGCAUCUGAAAAAACUGCAGUCGAACUUGAACAAAAUCAUGCAGUACGCUGAAGAAUGCAAUUUUCACAUGAAGGAGUGA